AUGGAUGACCAGAGUGAGGUAACGCCGCAUACCGGCCAGCAGUCUUCCUUGUCAUGGAGAGCUGCCGCGCCUACUCAGCAGGAGUGGCUAUCCAUCAAGGAUGUGUUUACUCAACUUUACAUUGGCGAGAACCGAAGACUGAAAGAUGUCAGAGCCAUUCUGUCGAGGAGGCACGGCUUUGACGCCAGCGAGAAGAUGUUCAAGCGGCGCAUCGCAGAUUGGAAGAUUCACAAGAACUACAAGGCCAAGGAGAAGGAGUUGCUUGCAAAGCGUGUCAAAGCCUGUGUCGAGGCCGGCCAUGACGUCCACUCCAUAUCGUUCCGCGGCAGGCCUCUGAAGCUGGAUCGUGUCAAACGCCAAUACCGGAGCGACAAGAGGUUCACUCGGGUCUGGGAGCAAUUGUCGCAAAGUCCAGAUGACAUCUGUGUCGACGAGGCCGCUGUCAAGGAGGAAUCUCCGUCCAGCAACACAACCAUAUCCAGAACACUCCCAGAUCCGAGUACCUCGCCCGAGUGCGCAAAGACACACGUCCACGGCAAUGAAGGUCAAGAUCUCGCCACCGUUACCGUCCUUCCGCCAACGGACCUUUACAACACUGAAAUCGUCCUCUUCCACACAAGGGAGGCAGUGCAGUGGCAGUUCACUACUUUCACUCCCCUUAAGUCGAAAGAGCUUCAGGCUCGUUUUCCGGAUAUGAUCCCGCGGGAGGUGAGAACAGGACAGACCGACCAGGUAUCGGCAUUCUGGCUCGGUCUUUACCGGGGAUUCGACUACUUCCACAGCGGGAGAGCGGACGACGCGUGGACCACUUUCGACGGUUGCUGCAACAUGGUGCGGCCGCUGAUAAAAUCCGCGCCGCUGCAACUGUUGUCUUGCCUGCUCGUCCACUUUGCCACGCCGUGGGAAGGCCUAGCCGCCUUAGAGCAGCAGUUGCUCGGUUUCAUAUCGUCAAUGGCCGAGAACUCGCUAGGAGACCAUCAUCCCCUUGCCAGAGCUCUGGGAAUGAUCAAGGCAGCCGAUGUGCGCGACCGUGCAAUUGAGUCGAUGAUGCAGUUGGUGGUCGACGGCUACAGGGCGCACCGAAAGUCAGACAAUUCGUCGUAUUUCGCUCUCCGAGUCGACCAAAUUGACGCGCUCCGGAAACGCAAGACCUUCCAACAUGCACAUUUCCUGUGCCAGCAGCUUCUCAAAGACAGCCAGGCGAUGCGCCCAAAACGGUACAGGACCGCGUUGGCAGCUUUGGGGAGAUUGUAUGCCGAGCAGCACGAAGAGUUCGCCCUCGAAGGAGUUGCUCAUAGAAUCCUGGCUCACGAAACCUCUGACUCAGGCUCAGCAAAUAGCAGCACGGCAUCCUGGGCUUGUGAUCAGCUUGCCACCCUCGCCAUGAGUCGUGGAGAUUAUCCUCUGGCCGAGCAGUAUCUUCGUCGAGCGGCCUCGAUGUCACAUGCUGGUCUUCCCCACCGCGGGCCCUCGACAGACUCACUCGUCAAACGGCUCGCCAUGUGUAUGCAUCAGCAAGGCAAGGAAGUGGGCGUCGAUAGAGUCGGGAAAGGUUUCGGGUCUGCGAACGGAUGUGCCAUUCGUUGA